ACAGUCAGUCACUGCUACAAAAGAAAGGCGACUCAUCCCUUGAAGCACUGGGCACAGCUGUGUGGCUGUUGUAUUUUGUUUUGCAGCAAUUAUUAUUAUUGCUGGUGGUGUUGGGGGGGAAAGAAGAAGAAGAAGAAAGGGAAUUAUUAUUCUCCCCCUAACCCAUUACAAAAAAUACUACUAAAGAAAAUCAAGCAAUAAUAAUAAUACCCCCCCAAAAAAAAAUCUGAAGAUGACUAAGAUCCUGACUGUGUGCAACUUGUUCAAAUCCCUCAAACAGGGUCUCGCAGUUUGCAAUAAAGUGCAACGUCCCGUGUGGAGUCUGAGCAGCUCUGGAGUCAGAUUGUUCAGUGUCAAGGCACAGACAGCACAUUUGAUUCUCGAUGAUGGGACAAAAAUGAAAGGAUUGUCCUUUGGGCACCCUCAGUCAACUGCAGGUGAAGUAGUCUUCAACACAGGAUUGGUCGGCUACCCAGAAGCCUUGACGGACCCGAGCUAUCGAGGACAAAUCCUGAUUCUCACAUACCCCAUGGCAGGCAACUAUGGGGUCCCAAAUACAAAGGAAUUGGAUGGAUUAGGCUUAAUGAAAUACAUAGAAUCUGAAUUCAUCCAGGUAUCUGGAUUGUUAGUUCAAGAUUACAGCCAUGAAUAUAGUCACUGGAAUUCGGUCAAAUCCCUCAGUCAGUGGCUACAAGAAGAAAAGAUCCCAGCCCUCUAUGGAAUAGACACGAGAAUGCUCACAAAGAUUGUCAGAGAUAAGGGUACGAUUCUUGGAAAAAUUGAGUUUGAAGGUGAUCCUGUAGAUUUUGUAGACCCCAACUUGCGGAAUCUGAUGGCAGAAAUAUCAACCAAAGAAAUUAAAGUCUUUGGAAAAGGGAAUCCAAUCAAAAUUGUUGCAGUUGACUGUGGUAUAAAGCAUAAUAUUAUUCGACUUCUUGUGAAGCGAGGAGUUGAGCUUCAUUUAGUUCCAUGGGACCACGAUUUUAGUAAGAUGGAAUAUGAUGGACUCUUCCUUUCCAACGGCCCAGGAAAUCCCACUUUGGCGCAGCCUCUGAUUGCAAACGUGCGGAAGGUAUUGGCAAGUGAUCGAACAGAGCCAGUGUUUGGUAUCUGUAUGGGGAACCAACUGACUGCAUUAGCUGUGGGUGCAAACUGCUACAAAUUGCCUAUGGGAAACAGGGGACAGAACCAACCAGUGGUGAAUGUCAUGAACGGACAGGCUUUCAUCACCGCUCAGAACCACGGAUACGCCAUUGACAGUUCAACGCUGCCAGAAGGAUGGAAGCCAAUGUUUGUGAACGCCAAUGAUGAAACCAAUGAGGGAAUUGUGCAUGAGACCAAACCGAUCUUUACUGCCCAGUUUCAUCCGGAGGCUAAGGGAGGCCCAACGGAUACCGAAUUCCUGUUCGACGCUUUUAUUUCACUCAUAAAGAGAGGCAAAGGCACCACCAUCGCUUCAGUCAUGCCUAAGGUUCCUCUUCCCCCUGAGAGGCUGAAGGUUUCCAAAAUCCUUGUGCUCGGCUCAGGAGGGCUCUCAAUUGGUCAGGCUGGAGAGUUUGACUACUCUGGAUCCCAGGCUAUCAAAGCAUUGAAGGAAGAAAACCUAAAAACUGUGUUAAUGAAUCCAAACAUUGCAUCCGUGCAGACGAAUGAGGUGGGCACCAAGCAGGCAGAUACGGUUUAUUUCUUGCCAGUUACUCCAGACUUUGUGAUUGACAUUAUUAAAGCAGAAAAGCCUGAUGGCAUCCUGUUAUCCAUGGGUGGACAGACAGCCUUGAACUGCGGGGUGGAGCUGCACAAGCGAGGGAUCCUGCAGGAAUAUGGUGUGAAAGUGCUGGGAACACCCAUCACCUCUAUCAUGGCCACUGAGGACAGGCAGCUGUUUGCUGACAAACUGGUGGAGAUCAACGAGAAAAUUGCUCCAAGUUUCGCAGUGGAGACGUUGGAAGAUGCCUUUGUGGCAGCUGAGAAAAUCGGAUACCCUGUCAUGGUGCGGUCAGCUUAUGCACUCGGAGGUCUUGGGUCAGGUCUGUGUGACAACAAAGAAAAACUCCAGGAAAUUGCUGAGAAGGCUUUUGCUAUGACCAAUCAAAUCCUUGUUGAGCAAUCGCUGUUGGGUUGGAAGGAGGUCGAGUAUGAAGUGGUGAGGGAUGCUUCAGACAACUGCGUCACCGUUUGCAACAUGGAGAACUUCGAUCCCUUAGGAAUCCAUACGGGUGACUCGGUGGUUGUUGCUCCCAGUCAGACCCUUUCCAAUGAAGAAUAUCACAUGCUGCGUGAGACAGCCAUCAAGGUGGUGCGUCACCUGGGCAUCGUAGGCGAGUGCAAUAUUCAGUACGCUCUGCACCCGACCUCACUGGAAUACUGCAUUAUUGAGGUUAAUGCUCGGCUGUCUCGCAGCUCCGCCCUCGCCUCCAAAGCAACUGGGUAUCCUUUGGCCUUUGUUGCCGCCAAGCUGGCCCUGGGAAUUCCGCUGCCUGAUAUUAAGAAUGCUGUUUCGGGGAAGACAACUGCCUGCUUUGAGCCUAGCCUGGAUUAUAUUGUAACUAAAAUUCCACGGUGGGAUCUUGACCGAUUCCACGGAACCUCUCGGGAGAUUGGUAGCUCCAUGAAAAGUGUGGGGGAGGUGAUGGCAAUAGGACGCACCUUUGAGGAAAGUUUCCAGAAAGCCCUCCGAAUGUGCCACCCAUCAGUAGAGGGCUUUGUGCCUCGUCUUCCAAUGAAGAAAUCCUGGUCUGAGGACAUUGAUCUUCAGAAAGAUCUGGCUGUUCCUUCUAUCAAUCGAAUCUACUCUCUGGCAAAGGCAUUACACAGUGGGAUCUCAGUGAAUGAGAUUUACAAACUGACUGCAAUAGACAAGUGGUUCCUUUACAAACUCAAGCGAAUAGUGGAGAUGGAAAUCGAAUUGAGCAAGUACACCAGUAAAACAAUCCCCGAUGAGCUGUUUCUAAAAGCCAAGCAGGAUGGAUUUUCAGACAAGCAGAUCGGGAAUUGCAUCGGCCUAAAUGAGUUAGAAACCCGAGAGCUUCGAAUGCAGAAGAAUAUUUUACCACAAGUUAAACAGAUUGAUACACUGGCUGCAGAGUAUCCCGCUAUAACCAAUUACCUUUAUUCUACAUACCAUGGACUGGAGCAUGACUUAAAUUUCAAUGACCAUGGAGUGAUGGUGCUUGGAUGUGGACCAUACCACAUUGGAAGCAGUGUGGAGUUUGAUUGGUGCGCCGUCUCCAGCAUUCGAACCCUACGACAUCUUCAAAAGAAGACAGUGGUCGUCAACCACAAUCCAGAGACAGUAAGCACGGACUUUGAUGAGUGCGACAGGCUUUACUUUGAGGAACUCUCGCUGGAAAGGAUCCUGGACAUUUACCAGCAGGAGGGCUGCACUGGUUCCAUUAUCUCUGUGGGCGGACAGAUUCCCAACAACCUGGCGGUUCCGUUGUCUAAAUGUGGAGUGAAUAUUCUGGGCACAAAUCCUAUCCAGAUUGACCGGGCGGAGGAUCGUUCCGUCUUCUCGGCCGUUCUAGACGAACUGAAUAUUAACCAGGCACCGUGGACUGCAGUCAACACCUUGGAUGAUGCCCUGUCGUUUGGAGAGACUGUGGGUUACCCCUGUUUACUGAGGCCUUCUUACGUCCUAAGUGGUUCAGCCAUGAACGUGGCACAUGGAGAGGAGGAGAUGAAGAGAUUCUUGGCUGAGGCAGCCCGUGUUUCUCAGGAAUAUCCAGUUGUUAUCACCAAAUUCAUCGAAGGAGCCAGAGAAGUAGAAGUGGAUGCAGUGUCGAAGGAUGGGAGGGUUGUGGCUCAUGCUAUCACAGAACAUGUGGAAGAUGCUGGUGUUCAUUCUGGAGAUGCGACACUGAUCCUCCCGGCACAGACCAUUAGCCAAGGAGCAAUAGAGAAGGUGAAAAUAGCUACGAAGAAAAUAUCCAAAGCGUUUGAGAUUUCUGGCCCAUUUAACGUCCAGUUUCUUGUCAAAGGAAACGAUGUAAUGGUGAUCGAGUGUAACCUCAGGGCAUCCAGGUCCUGUCCCUUCGUCUCAAAGACUAUUGGUGUCGAUCUCAUCAACGUGGCCACAAGAGUGAUGGUCGGAGAAAGCCUGGAUGAGUCCUGCCUGCCAUCACUGGAGAACCCUUUUAUUCCUACAGACUACGUGGGCAUCAAGGCUCCCAUGUUCUCCUGGCCACGACUGAGGGAUGCAGACCCCAUUCUACGCUGCGAGAUGGCAUCCACUGGAGAGGUUGCGUGUUUUGGGCCAAAUAUUUAUUCUGCUUUCCUGAAGGCAAUGCUGUCCACCGGUUUCAAGUUACCUCAGAAAGGAAUUCUGAUCGGAAUUCAGAAUUCAUUCCGAGCAAAAUUCCUCGACAGUGCUCAGCAGUUGCAUGAGCAGGGAUAUAAGCUUUUUGCUACAGAAGGCACAGCUGCCUGGUUGAAUGCCAAUGAUGUGCCAACAGCCCCGGUAUCCUGGCCAACUACAGAUGAUCAUAGCUCCGCAGCUCCUUCCAUUAGAAAACUAAUCCACGAUGGAGACAUUGACCUUGUGGUAAACCUACCCAAUAACAACACCAAGUUUGUGAGAGAAAAUUACUUGAUCAGAAGAAUGGCCAUAGAUCACGGAGUGCCGCUCAUUACCAAUUUCCAGGUGGUUAAACUCUUUGCUGAAGCUGUUAAACAGUGUGGAAAGCUGGACUCAACCAGUCUGUAUCAUUAUCGGGAGAACAGAGUGAUAGGAGAGUCAUCAUGAAGACCAUAAACAAAAGGUGCUGUCAUUCCUGCUGCUGUGAAGAAUGGGGAUGAGCCACUAAGCUGAACACAUGAAGUUACUUACCUCGGUUGCUACCAGUUGGGGUGGCAGUAGACGCCAGACUGCUCUGCUUGUUUCAAUAACUCUGCCUUUCCAAGUCUUUAAACGUGACUUUUUCACACUGCAUCUUCCGAACUUAAGACCUCGCUGUCACAACUCUUAAAGAAUAACUUUAUUCAAAGGUUUUGGUGGACGCAAGCUGUUGUCGUAUUGAAUUCUACUGAGUGGACAGUUUGUUUCCAACAGGAUUUUACAACUUGCAAACCAGUUUUAUGGUUACUUUCCAGCUUUCAAAAUAACUUUCUAAGGCAUGCUGUGUGUGGAUCAUGUUGUAGAUUGGUUACUCGCCACCUUGUCCUUGAUGUGAAUGGCUGGCAGGUGAUGUGUAAUUGUUUCCCUGUCUCCUGUGUGGUGCCGGGGAACUCAAUGCAAAGAAUCGUCGUCAUCUGGCAUCGUCCCCUAAAACAUCCCCUAAUGCACGAGUCUGAUUUGUUUCAUUUGUGACUGGCAUUAAAUACUCACAAUGGUCUCUGUUAGCGAAGAGUUCUUCAAAGCCCUUCUUGUCGUGGCAAACAAAGUUUUGAUUCAUCCUGAAAUACAGUGUAUAGGUUCUAUUCCAAACAGUCCAGGGGAAUGGCAUCAAUGUGAAACUGACCCACCUCAGAGGGGUGUGUUUUCUAAUUUUAAUUGGAUUGCAUGCCAGUAAAUGAGCAAAUGUGGGUCCCCUGCCUUCCCAUACACACACUAGCUUCUUCCUUCCUCUCCUGCUUCCAGGCUACAGUGUCCUCUUGUAGUUAUUCAAUCAAACAAUAAUCUUGAAUUGUCCCUUCAAGGCCACAUAAGUUGUGUGCACAUGUCCAGAUCCAUUAAUCUGCAAAUGCCAUGGAGCUGUUUGGAGGUACAGAAGCGCUCAAUUUAGUCCACCAACAUGAUUACUGAGCCUUGUUUCCAGCACUUAAUAGAGGGCCAAUUUCAUAAGAAAACUUGACUCUGCCUAUUCUAGUUCAGCCUAUGCUUUGAUAAAUACCAGUUAAGUUAACUGUAUCAAACCUUACAACGUAAGGAAUGUAUUACAGCAACAAUUCAAAGAAUUUUAUUUCAUGGAAAUAAUUCUAUCAAUGAUCGACCCUCUCUUUUUUUCUCUCUCUCUCUCCCUCCUCCCCACCCCCAAACGUGUGAAUGACAAAUUGGUGCAACUAAACGCAGCAUUCAGAUGAGGAAGGUCAGAAUAUGAUAACCUAUCCAGUUCUUUUCUGCAGUGCAUUGUGUUACAUUUUCAUUCCUCUGUUAUGAACCUUUGUAAUUCCUACAUCAUUUAAACUUAAAGCAUAAAUAAAUAAUUGUCUAUUGAAACUCGAA